UGCAGAACAAAACACAAUGGGAUUCCGCUGGUGCUUGUUUGUGUCCAAUAUGUGUUAUAUAGUUUCCAAAGUUGUGUUGUUUCAUCUCGUGGUUGUUAGCUCAUCAGUUUCCUCAUUGCAGCAAUCUUGUCGUGACGAGGAGAGGUCUGCCUUGCUGCAGUUCAAGGAAAGCUUCAUCAUUAACAGAUCUGCCUCGUAUUCUGAUGACGCUUAUCCUAAGAUUUUGCAGUGGAAACAAGCUGAAGGACGAAAUGGCAACUGCUGUGCAUGGGAUGGCAUUGAGUGUGAUGAGAGGACGGGUCAUGUGAUUGGCCUUGAUCUUAGUAGCAGCUGUCUCCUGGGCUCUAUCAACUCCAACAGCAGCAUUUUCCGGCUUGAUCAGCUUCAAGUGCUGAACCUCGCAGACAACAACUUCAGCUCCUCUCCAAUUCCUACUAGCAUUAGGAAUUUCCCAAGGCUCACGUAUCUUAAUCUCUCUAGUUCUUUAUUUUCUGGCCAAAUCCCAUCCCAAAUUUCACAGUUGGCCAAAUUGUCGUCCCUUGAUCUGUCUUUGAAUCAUUUAACCGGUCCAAUUCCUUCUCUAGGAAAUCUCACCCACCUCACAAAACUAUUUCUGUCUUCCAACAAAGGUCUAACUGGUCAUUUUCCUGAAUUUAAUACAAGCAGUCCUCUCACUUCACUGUAUCUUAGCCACACUAGCUUAUUCGGAAAUUUGCCUUCUUCAAUCGAAAAGCUUGAUUCAUUAAACACGCUGGAUUUGGCAGCAUGCAAUUUCUCGGGCUUGGUUCCAUCUUCACUUGGUAAUCUUGGGCAGCUCAUAUAUUUAGACCUUUCAGAAAAUAACUUUAACGGUCCAGUCCCUAGUUCAUUGGCAAACCUUACCCAACUGAAGGAGCUCUAUCUUGAAUAUAAUGAUUUUAGUGAUUCCAUCCCCUCUGCUCUCUGUAAUCUCAACAAGCUCGAAGUCCUGUCACUUUUCUCUAAUAAUUUUAGGGGUUACAUCCCGACUUCACUAGGAAAUCUCACCCACCUUACAGUACUUGAUCUGUCUUCGAAUCAGUUAACCGGUCAAAUUCCUUCUCUAGGAAAUCUCAUCCACCUCACAGUACUUUUUCUGUCUUCGAAUCGGUUAGCCGGUCCAAUUCCUUCUCUAGAAAAUCUCACCCACCUCAUAGCACUUUAUCUGUCUUCGAAUCAGUUAACCGGUCCAAUGCCUAAUUCCUUAUCCGAUCUCAUCAAUCUCGAGGGAUUAGAUCUAACUGAUAAUAAUCUGACCGGUACAGUGGAGUUCCACGUCAUGUUUCAUAAGUUACAAGGGCUCGUCGAUUUACAACUAUCUCGUAACAGUUUGAAAAUUUUGACAGAAACAGAAAGUAUGAAUGCAAGCCUACUUCCAAAGUUAAAAUUUAUAGGAUUGGGUUCGUGCAACAUAAGAGAGUUCCCAAGUUUCCUGCAGUAUCGAGAAACAUUGGUGUCCUUGGACCUUUCCACCAACAAUUUGCAUGGCAAAGUACCGAAAUGGAUGUUGAACACAAGCACACAGACUUUGACGUACAUGGACAUUUCUCACAACUUCCUUUCAAGCAUUGUCCAGCCUUCAGAUGCCGUUCCUUGGGUUAACCUACAAGUUUUAGGGCUCAAGAAUAACACGCUACAUGGGCCGCUACCGAUGCCUCCACCACACACAGUUCACUAUAGUGUUGCAAACAACAAUCUUAAUGGAACAAUUUCACCAUUGAUCUGCAGUCUGAAUUUUCUUCAGCUCCUUGAUCUCUCCAACAACAAUAUGAGUGGAAUGCUUCCCCCCUGUCUCGGAAACUUCAGCGUUGAUCUGCGAGUUUUAAAUCUUGGAAACAACUCUUUCAGCGGCUUUCUUCCUGAAACAUACACCAACACAAGCAGUCUGAGGUGGAUUGAUGUUAGUCAUAACCAAUUGCGAGGGCAACUACCAAGGUCGUUGGGGAACUGCAUGAAACUUGAGUUUAUUGAUCUGUCAUACAAUAAAUUCAGCGACGUUUUUCCCUUUUGGUUGGGGGCUCUUCCAGAGUUAAAACUUUUGGCAAUGCACCAGAAUGCGUUCUACGGUCUGAUAGAGGAACCGGAUCUGGACAAUGCUGAAUAUUUCCCUGAGUUGAGAUUUCUGGAUCUAUCUUCUAAUAGCUUCAGAGGCAAGUUUCCAUCUCAAAACAUGUUUUCCGGGAAUGUCAUGAGGGGUGUCACUCGAAACCAGUCAACAUAUAUGAAGGUAGACACAACUAUCGACACUCCUAGUCUUCAGCUAAUCUUUUAUGAAUUUUACUCAAUCACGAUAACUAGCAAAAGUGUGGAGAGAUAUUAUCCGAAGAUUCAAGCAGCCCUUGCAGCGGUUGACAUCUCAAGCAACAAAUUUGAAGGGAGGAUUCCUGAAUUUAUUGGGAACCUAGACGGGUUGAUGUCAUUCAAUAUGUCUGGUAACCUCCUAACUGGUCCCAUCCCAUCAUCUUUCGGGAAUUUAAGAAACCUUGAAUCACUGGACCUUUCACACAACAAGCUUUCAGGACAAAUCCCUCAAAGCCUCACGCAGCUUACAUUCCUUGCAGUAUUCAUUGUCUCUAACAACAGUUUGACAGGUCCAAUACCGCAUGGAACCCAACUUACUUCAUUCAAUAGCAGUUCAUAUGAAGGAAACCCUGGAUUGUGUGGAGAUCCCUUGCCAAAGAAAUGCGGAGAUCCCAAGGCUCCUCGCCUGUCUCCUUCAAAAACUGAAGAAAAUGAUUCAGGCUCGUUUGAAUUUGAUUGGAAAUUUGUUUUGGCUGGUCUCGGAAGUGGGUUGGUAGUGGGAGUUGUUCUUUCUGAUGUGGUGAUCACAAAGAAGCAUGAAUGGUUUGUUGAGAUUGUUAAAACCAUCAAGCUGAUGAUAGGAACUUCGUAAGUCCACUAUAAGGUUAUGCAUUUGGUGUUGUUUUUUGCUUGUUUUAUAUUAUUUCGUUGUACUCCUUUUUAAUGUUAUGUCUUCCUUUUGUAAUAUGGUAUAUUAGUUCCACAAAAGGUACAAACCCAGCUGAGAGGCGGCAUUGUACAACAGCUAUCAACCCCUAUUUAAUAGAACAAGAAUUCAUAAUUCUAUCGAAUGUAAACCCAAAUUUAUCAACAGCUAGAUAUUAGAAACAGUUUA